ACAUACUUUCGUAUGCCAUCAUAUGUCGUAUUCAUGGUUUCGUUAUGAUCAGCGGUCAAGUGUGUGUUUCUAACCUCUAAGCUUAUUUAAAGAAUUCAAUUAUUACGGAUUAUUGGAAUUAUGUCUGUAUAUCACGAUGAAGUAGAAAUUGAAGAUUUUGAGUAUGACGAGGACGAAGAAGUAUAUUACUACCCAUGCCCUUGUGGGGAUCAGUUUCAAAUCUCUAAAGAAGAAUUAGCUGCUGGUGUGGAAGAAGCCACAUGUCCUUCGUGCUCUUUGGUUAUAAAAGUAAUUUACGAUAAGGAGGCAUUUGCAGCUAAACAAGAAGAACUUGUUAGGGAUGAGGAAAAACAGAUUUUGAUCCAAAAGGUUUGAGUUACAUUGGACGACUUUCUAAGAUACUGAUACUCUGUAUUUUUCAUACACACGUUCAAGCUGAACAAAAUUGGACACACGAACAAUGGCCAAAGUAUAUAUAUAUGUAUAUAUAUAUAAUUAAUAUUAUGAUGUAUAUACAAUAUAUUUGUACAUAAUUACCAGCAGAUUUGAAACAAAUUUUCAAAUUGCCCUUAAUUCUCUAUUAUAUUGGUUGUUAUUGUUAGAAAAUAGAACAUGUAUAAUACAAUUAUAAUGGAUAAUAACAGAAAACUUUCCACGUCAAUCAGCAUAAAACAAUUAGACUCUGCUAAAGUAGAGGUAUUGUCACCACCAGUCUGACAACUUGCACCCUUAAAGACAAAUAUCCUCUUUUGAAGUAAAAACAUUUGUCCUUUGAUAUUAAUCUUAAAGCUAAUUAUCUGAUGGAACAAAAAGAUUAACAAUGUGUUGUUUCUCAUAAAUAAAAGAGAUACAAAGAAGUAUUCAAAUAAGUACCAAGAUCGGGAAUAAAAGUAGUUGUGAGAGAAUGUCGAUAGAAUUGAAAUCUCAGCUGUAAAAUCAUAAAGGUCUGAAGAAGCCUAAAAAGGAAAAGGAAACAGAAAGGAGAAGGAUGAUGGAAGAAAAGAACUCGACAAGGAAAUGAGCAAGGGAAUCAAUAACGUGAAUAAUUGUAUAAUUAUUCUAACGAUGGAGAAGGUUACCACGAUGAAAACGAUAAUUUAGAUGAUGGACCUAUUUAUUAAGAUAGUUUUUAUAAGAAUUGAAAAUUUCUCUCUGUUUUCCAUUAUUGGACUAGGAUACUUAUAAGCUGCUAAUUGAGCACUGUAUGGCAAUGUAUAUAUGUAUUUUUUACCGAAUUGUGUAUAUUGAUAAUAAAUUAUUUUAGGAUACUUAAAUAA